UUUUCUACUUGGUAUUCUCGCUUUUAAUAAUCAGGGUUUGACGUGCCAUCAUGGCUGAUGUCCGAGAUAUCUUGGAGUGGGAUGUUGAUGUUCAGGCUGAGCCGGGAAGUGCCCCGAGUUCGUCCGUUUCCACCGGCGGAGAUUCGGCGGCACAGCAAAUGCGCAAGAAAGACGAGAUCAUUGGGUCGCAUGCAUCUGACAAAAAACAGAGAUCUCGGAAGAGCCAGGAGCCAACCUUCAAACGUCCAGAAGGGAUGCACAGGGAAGUCUAUGCACUGCUCUACUCGGAUAAAAAAGAUCCACCUCCACUGAUCCCGUCAGACACCAACAAGGGAUACAAACAGAUGAAAGCUAAACUUGGUCGAAGUAAAGUCCGACCCUGGAAGCGAAUGCCAUUCACUAACCCUGCAAGAAAAGACGGUGCAGUGUUUCAUCACUGGAGGAGAGUAGCCGAUGAAGGCAAAGACUAUCCCUUUGCUCGCUUUAACAAGGAGGUGUCGAUACCACUGUACACCAGUCAAGAGUACCAGCUUCAUCUACACGAUGAGAAAUGGACCAAGCAGGCUACCGACCACCUGUUUGACCUCUGUAACCGCUUUGACCUCCGCUGGGUCGUAGUUCACGAUCGCUUUGACUACGCUUCCUAUGGGAGGCGCAGCAUUGAAGAUAUGAAGGAGCGUUAUUACAACAUCAUCAACAAGCUGGCCAAGGCUCGGGCUGACCCUAACCUGAGCAACAGAGCCGCGCAGGUCUACGACGCCGAACACGAACGCAAGAGGAAAGAACAGCUGCUGAGAUUGUUCAAUCGGACACAGGAACAGGUUGAGGAAGAGGAGAUGCUUAUAGCUGAACUGAAAAAGAUCGAACUGCGUAAGAAAGAGCGUGAGAAGAAGACCCAGGACCUGCAGAAGCUGAUCACGGCCGCCGACAACAACGCGGAGCUGCGACGAACUGAACGGAAGAUCACGAAGAAGAAGAUACAACUGCCUCAGAGUAAAUCCAGGAAAGAGCUUGAAGGAAGCUCCAAGCAAAUCCUGGAGACUGGUGGAAUCAAGUUUCCGGAUUUCAAGCAGUCUGGAGUAUAUCUCAGAAGUCAAAAGAUGAAACUUCCGUCUUCAGUUGGUCAGAAGAAGACAAAAGCAAUCGAGCAUUUGCUGGAUGAGUUGGGUAUCCCGAUCCAACCGAUGCCAACGGAAGAUAUAUGCCAGUUAUAUAACGAACUCAGGUCUGACAUGGUUCUUCUGUACGAGCUGAAGCUGGCCCAUGCCAACUGCGAAUUUGAGCUCCAGACGCUACGCCAUCGCUACGAGGCCUUAGCUCCUGGUAAACUCCCCUCCUCAGCGCUGUCCCUCAACCAGCAACCUCCGCCCACUGCUGAGGAGGAUGCUGAGGCCACGCCCACAUUGGGGGAGGAAGGAGUGGACGUGAAGAUGGAGGACAGCUCAGACGAUCAGUCCUCCAAGAAUAAGAAGGUUUCGGAGAUUAUUGAUGUCGUCACCACAUCGCCCUCAACACCACGCAAAAGACGAACGGCAAUUGAGCAGAGCAACAUGAUGAAAAAGCUGAAGAAAUGAUGAGUACAAUCUACUGCAUGCGCCAUUCAUUCCUGUUUAUCCUAACUGCCCUGAAUCUACUAAAAUCCACCGUUUGCAAGAUUUUGAU